UCUUUAAACAAGUGAGUGAGCGCUUAGGGCCGUGACGAUUUAAUAGGCACAUAAACACACACCCACUGGGCUCGACUCGCUUCGCAAAUGUCUUAAUUUGAGGAGAUUCGCGCAUCGUUUUUGGCGAUGUAAAAGACAGUCAGGAUGACAUCCGGUGCCUCUCCCAUCUGAAACACACACACACACACACACACACACACACACACACAAGGACGCUAUUCUUUCAAGUGUAUUAUUAGAACGACACCAGGUCCUUUUAAAAAUGCUCUCUGGGCUCUCAGACGUGAAAAAGAAGUGGGCAGCAGUUCGGGGUCGCCUGGGCUCCUCUCAGGACUCCGAUAGCCAGCAGGAAGCCAACCUAGAGAGUGCUGAUCCGGAGCUCUGCAUCAGACUCCUCCAGGUUCCCACGGUGGUCAACUAUUCCGGUCUGAAGCGUCGCCUGGAUGGUAGCGACCAGACAUGGAUGGUCCAGUUCCUGGAGCUCAGUGGAUUGGACCUCCUCCUGGAGGCGUUGGACAGGCUGUCCGGGAGGGGUUGCUCUCGCAUUGCAGACGCUCUCCUGCAACUCACCUGCGUCAACUGCGUCCGUGCAGUCAUGAACUCAUCAGCUGGGAUACACUUCAUCAUAGAGAAUGAAGGAUACAUCCGGAAGCUCUCCCAAGCUUUGGACACCUCCAACACCAUGGUGAAAAAGCAGGUAUUUGACUUACUAGCCGCCCUCAGCAUGUUCUCUGCAGAUGGUCAUCGCCUUGCUCUGGAUGCCCUGGACCAUUACAAGGGCGUGAAGACACAGCAGUAUCGCUUCAGCGUGAUCAUGAACGAGCUGCAGGCAACAGACAAUGUUCCUUACAUGGUCACGCUCCUCAGUGUCAUCAAUGCCCUCAUCUUUGGCUCUGAUGACCUCAGACAGAGAGAUAAGAUGAGAAAGGAAUUUAUCGGGCUUCAGCUUCUUGACAUUCUACCAAAAUUAAGGUGA